AUGGCUCUGCUCAACACGUCCGCUUUUGAUCUAUCGAUGGAGGAGAAGCUCGCGACCAGAGAGCACAUUGAGGAGUUGCUGCUCUCCUGCGAGUCACUGCUAGCCAGUGAUCGACGCCAGCCCUCAGAGGCCGAUGACGCAGGGGCCGACGACGCCGAAGCCGACUACGUCAAAGCAGUCUACGCCGAAGCCUAUGGCCUGCUAAGAGAGGCUCUCCUGUUUGCCAGGGACCCCGACGCCGGUGAGUUCGCCCCCCUGGCGAGAUGCCAGCUCUACAAGGGUCAUAUCCUGCGGGCCCUCAAAAAGUACCCGGAGGCUUAUGAUGCCUACAGACUAGCGUCUACAGUUCGCGGACAUGACAGCAAGGACCGUCUGGCCUCUGAGGAGGCAUUGAGUAUAGUGGAGAACUGCGAGAAGAAUCUUGCGAAGAAGCUUGCGGAAGCGAAGCGGAAUGGGGGCGUAUGGGAGAUUCGCGAUGCGACGAAACCUCGGUUGCGCAACCUGCUCUUCACGAGUCAUGGACGAGAUCCUGAGUUGAGUAUCUUUGGGUCAUUGUCCGAACUGUGGGAUCCUGAGCCGACAGCUUAUUCUCGUUCACACUCCGUGCCGCUGAGCGCAGUCACUGGGCUAGAAAAAGUCAGCCACAGCAACUUCGAGUAA